AUGAGCUAUCACCAAGGCCAGCCCCAGCUCGGGGCUACAUUUGUGCCAGGCGGCUUUGAUGACUAUUACAUGCCGGCGCCGUCGCCUGAAGUCAUCUCGCCUGCGCCUCAGCGCAUAAUGCCCGAAGUGCCCGAGAAUAUGCAAGAAAACAUAGCUCAUUUGGAGUUGGAAGCCAACGGCCCCCGUAGCACGACCAUGUCACCAACCCAGGCCACGUACAAUCAGUCACAGCAGCAAUACCCACCGCACCAGGGGGGCUACCACGAGCUGCCGGUGCACAACGACCAAUGGCCGUCGCGGCAAGGAACCAUCUCAUCCGCCUUCCGCCAGCCGCCAAACGUGCAGCCUCAAGCCGUGCAACACCAGCAGCCGUCGCACGACUACAACCAGUUCGCACAGCAUCACGACUCGCCCAACUUCUCGCCCUUUCCCAAGCUUCCGAACAAGCCUCCGAAUGUGCCCCCCUCUGACGAUGAGAAGGAGGCCGUGUUGGAGAAUGCCCGCUUGCCGGUGCUCAACUCAAACGACCCCGAGAUGCAGCUGGCCUGGGCACAAGACGCAUUGCAGUAUGUAGACGCCGCCCAGCUGCAUGAGCAGCGCAUUUCCGAGAUACAGGGCGCAAGACCCGCAACUCCCCAGGUCGAGCAUCAGCUGCGUCUGGAUGCCAUGAAUGUCGUCACUUUUCUUGCAGACCAAGGACAUCCCAAGGCCACUUUUAUGCGGGGCAUGUGGCUGGAGUUUGGCAAGUUUGGCAUGCGUGCCGACAAGAAGGAGGCCUUUCGGUGUUACUCUCGUGCGGCAGCAAAAGGCUAUGCCAGGGCAGAAUACCGGAUGGGCAUGCAGUUUGAGCAAUCGAACGAUCCCAUCAAGGCACUGCAGAAUUACAAGGCUGGCGCAGAACAGGGUGAUUCGGCUUCCAACUAUCGCCUUGGCAUGAUGACGCUGCUCGGUCAGCACGGCCAGCCACAAGACUUUGCCAGGGGCAUUCAGCUCAUCAGGCAGGCAGCGGCCACUGCUGAUGAGAACGCUCCGCAGGGUGCUUACGUCUUGGGCAUGCUCCAGGCACGUGAACUGCCUCAAAUCAGCGUUCCCGAAGUCUUCUUGCCGUACGACGAGAAGGGUGCAAGGCAAAACAUUGAAAAGGCCGCUUACCUUGGGUUUGCAAAGGCCCAGCUCAAGAUGGGAGCUGCUUAUGAGCUUUGCAGUCUGGGCUGUGAAUUCAACCCCACCUUGUCGCUGCACUACAAUGCACUUGCAUCCAGACAGGGGGAGCCCGAGGCAGACAUGGCUAUCAGCAAGUGGUUUCUCUGCGGACACGAAGGAGAAUUCGCCAAGAACGAAGAGCUUGCCUUCCAAUAUGCACAGCGUGCCGCAGCAGCAGGACUCGCCACGGCAGAGUUUGCCAUGGGUUACUUCAACGAAAUCGGAAUGAACACUCCGGUCAACCUUGAAAAGGCCCUAGAAUGGUACGAGAAGGCCGCAAAGAACGGCAACAGAGACGCUACUGCACGCAUAGAGAGCAUAUCCAAAUUAUCGCGGACCUUGUCGAAGAAGGACCAUGAGAAUGUCGCAAUCAACAUGAUCAAGUCUAAACACGGCUCGAUGCGUGGACAGCGGCCACUAAGGCUGCAAAAAGGCCAGCCCGCUAUGCCGGCCAUCAAUGACGUGAGCCCUUCUGAAUAUGGUUCUCCAAACCGAGGCGACAGCACAACGCCGUAUCCCAUCUCGGACCAGCCUCCAAUGGUCGGCAAUUCACCCAUGUCUGCACCUUAUGACCGUCCAUCUACAGCAGCACCAUACCCCAUAGACAAUGGCCCUCCCCGGUUGGGGCCGCAGCGGCCAAAUAUGGCUGAUAACAUGGGGCCCGGAAGAGGUGGACGUCCUCCGAACGGUGGCCGCGGCGGUAUGCCACAGGGGGGACCCGGAAGCUAUAGACAACCGGGAGGGCCCAGUGCCCAGCGUCCAGAGCCGCAAAACCGCCCGUCGACCACACAACCUCCGGAUAUCGGAUACAGUGCGCCAGACUCACGGAACAAGCUACAGAAACAGCCUGGACCACCACUCAAGAAAGCACCUACGCUGCCAGACAUUGGUUAUGUUGCACCUCUCGACCCGCGCCAGCACACCCGACCAUCUACCGUUCAACCGGGUCAGGAGAGCAGGACAAAUUCACGCAUGGACUCGCGACCCUCAUCACGGCCUGGAUCAGCUGGUCGUCCCAGCGGGUAUGACAAUAUGCCCAAGCCUAAUAGGGUACAGACUCUACAGCAACAGCAACCGCCCCCGAAGCCAGCACCAAUACAAGCAAGCAAGCCAGUCACACCGACGCCACCUACCAAGCCAGCACCAUCAUCAGCCUCUUCGACACCAGGUAAAGGGCCAAAGACCUUUGACGAGAUGGGUAUUGGAGCCGCACCAAAGGAAGGAGAUUGUGUCGUCAUGUAA